UCUCUUUCUUGUCACGACUUCAACACAUUAACCUUCCCUCUCAUAAUCCUUCAUCUCCUCUUUCUACCAUGUUCCCAUUUGUCCUCCCCUCCAUCUGCUGGUUUCUCUGUCAUCCCUCUCCUGUUUGACCUUGUUGUCCGUCCUGCCGUCUCUCCUGUUUGACCUUGUUGUCCGUCCUGCCGUCUCUCCUGUUUGACCUUGUUGUCCAUCCUGCCGUCUCUCCUGUUUGACCUUGUUGUCCGUCCUGCCGUCUCUCCUGUUUGACCUUGUUGUCCGUCCUGCCGUCUCUCCUGUUUGGCCGCCUGCAGCUGGUUGAUGGGGAGGAUUUCGGAUGUCAGCCGGGACAGUGGUCAUCGCAGGAGGAAUUCUGGCUACAGUCAUCUUACUGACCAUCGUCGCUGUGUUGUGUUUAUGUAGGCUGCAGUAUUACUGCUGCAAGCCGGAGGAGUCUGACAAGGGGGACGACGAGGAACCGGAACUGUCCACCAUGUCGCCCUCUCGGCCCCUGGCUCUGUGCGCUCCGCCCACGCCUCCCACGCCGGAGAAUUACAGCGACGAGCCCGAGUCGUACCCGCCCACCUUCCUCACCGAGGCCAACGGGCCCUGCAGCUACUCCCCCCCGCCGCCGCCGCCGCCGCCGCUUCGCCGGGGCCAGCGGGUCCACGCCUUCUGCCCGUCCUGCGCCCGCUGCUCGCUGCCCUUCUACCUGCAGCAUCCGGAGCGGCUGUGCAACGGCGGCCGCAGGAUCAGCUACCGGACUGUGCAGCAGCAGGACCUGGAGCUGCCCGCCGACCUGGACAGCUUCUACCAGAAACUGAUCCGCUCCUACACCAUGAAGGAGGUGGUGAACCACAGCGUGAGCACCGACGUGUAGCUGCCGACAGGAUGAGGGCCGGUG